ACCCGCCACUGGGCAGCGGCUCUGUUUGUCCGCGCGUGCUGAACACCGAAACGACUCCGCGCGCAAGACUAUCGCCGUCGUCCCCGUCGACGGAGAUCACGCCCUCACGCUGCAAGUAUGAAGCUCAACAUCGCCAACCCCGCAACCGGGGAACAAAAGACCAUCGACUUUGACGAUGAAAGGAAAUACCGUGUCUUCUACGACAAGCGGAUUUCCGCCGAAGUCUCUGCUGAGUCGCUGGGCGACGAAUGGAAGGGCUACAUCUUCCGUAUCACCGGUGGUAACGACAAGCAGGGUUUCCCCAUGAAGCAGGGUGUCCUCGUCCCGCACCGUGUGCGCCUUCUGCUCUCCGACGGCCACUCCUGCUACCGUCCCCGCCGCACCGGCGAGCGCAAGCGCAAGUCCGUGCGCGGCUGCAUUGUCGGCCCGGACAUCGCCGUCCUCUCCCUUGUUAUCAUCAAGCAGGGUGACAACGAGAUCCCUGGCCUGACGGACACCGUCCUCCCCAAGCGUCUCGGUCCCAAGCGUGCGACCAAGAUUCGCAAGUUCUUCAACUUGUCCAAGGAGGACGAUGUCAGGAAGUACGUCGUCAGGAGAGAGGUGACGAGCCAGAAGAAGGAGGGUGCGAAGCCUUACACCAAGGCUCCCAAGAUCCAGCGAUUGGUUACGCCCAUCCGUCUCCAGCGCCGCCGCCACCUGCAUUCCCUCAAGCGCCGACGCCUCGAGCGCCAGAAGGAGCAGAAGGCGGAGUACGAUGUCGUCUUGCAGAAGCGUGUCGCCGAGAAGAAGGAGAAGGUCGCUGCGGUCAAGGCGUCGCACAAGAAGUAAGCCGCCCAUUGCUGGGCACCUUGUCUAUGCGGUCUAUAUCUGUAUGGUCUACCUAUACUGUCAUGUUUUUCUACGCCAUCUCGCACGCAAUGCAUCCAUAUGAUUUAUGGUGAAUGCUACCGCAGCGGUUGUUUGGUCAACGCCCUGCGCAUGUACGAAGGUAGGCUUCGUAAGAGCUACAGAUGCAGAUAGUGCAUUAUUGUAUUGCUUGCCCUUGUAUGGCAGAGGACCCUGCAACGAAGGAUGAACAUUCGGGACCGACAGGCAGAUCUCAG